CCUAACGCCCGGCGCCGCCCCAGUAUAAAACGCACCGCCUCCCUUGCCAUCUCCCCAGCGCCGCCGCCGCCGCCGCCACCGCCUCCACGCCACCUCUCUUGCAGCCUCCCAAGCCCUAACCCUCCUCACCACUAUGGCCGGCGCGCAGGAGACCCUGGUGCUCGCCGGCAUGAUGCGCGGCCAUAACGACGUGGUGACGGCGAUCGCCGCGCCCAUCGACAACUCCCCCUUCAUCGUCUCCUCCUCCCGCGACAAGUCCCUGCUGGUCUGGGACCUCACCAACCCCAUUCCGGUCACCCAGGACAACACCAACACUACCGACUACGGCGUCCCCUUCCGCCGCCUCACCGGACACUCCCACUUCGUCCAGGACGUCGUCCUCAGCUCCGACGGCCAGUUUGCGCUCUCCGGAUCCUGGGAUGGCGACCUUCGCCUCUGGGACCUCUCCACCGGUCUCACCACCCGCCGCUUCGUCGGUCACGAGAAGGACGUCCUCUCCGUUGCCUUUUCCGUCGACAACCGCCAGAUUGUCUCCGCCUCCCGCGACCGCACCAUCAAGCUCUGGAACACCCUUGGCGAGUGCAAGUACACCAUUGGCGGCGACCACGGCAGCGAGGGGCACAACGGUUGGGUCUCCUGCGUCCGCUUCUCGCCCAGCACCUUGCAGCCAAUGAUUGUGUCCGGCUCCUGGGACCGCACCGUCAAGGUGUGGAACCUUACCAACUGCAAGCUCCGCUGCACUCUCGAUGGGCACGGCGGCUAUGUCAACGCCGUCGCGGUGAGCCCAGACGGUUCUCUGUGCGCCUCCGGAGGCAAGGAUGGCUACACUCUACUGUGGGACUUGGUUGAGGGCCAGAGGCUGUACUCGCUCGAUGCGGGCGCAAUCAUCCACUCGCUCUGCUUCUCGCCCAACCGCUACUGGCUCUGCGCAGCGACACAGGAUUCCAUCAAGAUCUGGGAUCUUGAAUCGAAGCACAUUGUGCAGGAUCUUAAGCCCGAGGUCCCUAUCGCCAAGAACCAGAUGCUUUACUGCACUAGCUUGAGCUGGAGCGCAGAUGGAAGCACACUCUACGCUGGAUACACUGAUGGAACCAUCCGGAUCUUUAAGAUCUCAGGGUACAUCUACUCGGGCUAGAUGAUUGAUCUUUUAUUGAUAGGCUUUCCUGGGAAACGGCUGUGGUAUCUUAGUUUUUCUUUUUGACUGUUGGAAGGCAUAAUAUCUGCCUAAUUACUUCUGCUUAAUUUACUCAGUUUCAGUAGCUUCAGUCAUGAGAUUUUUGGAUACUGCGGAAUAGGGAUCUGUAACACCAUGCUUUGGUUUUGGCUCCUGUUUCAUGAAUCAUACAAUCGAUGGUGCUUCAUGAUUAAUUCAACCUCUGAUGCUGUUGAAGUCUGUAUUUAUUAUUUUUUUUAUUUUUUCAGCUGCUCUUUUAGGGAAUUCUGUAGCAACUAGAAUUUUCUAUCUGCGAGUCUAUUGUCAUCUUCGAAAUAGCAUCAGUAUAGUUGUUGCAAAGAUUAUUGGGUUUUUUUAAACUUCAAUUUAAUAUGGAAAAUAUUAUAUUA